AUGACAAUCACAACGCACACCCACCUAAUAUCCAUCCCGCACACCGUCCUGCCCCACUUCCUCGUAUCCCUCGUCGUCAUGUCCGCAUCCCUCCAGGUAUGGUGCGGCGUCGCAUCCCCGCACCUCGUCUCCUCGCUCUCCUCCUCCCCCGGCGACGCAACCGAAAACGACCAGGACGACGAGCUCAACAGGGCGCUGCGCGAGUCGGGCCGGAUCCAGGAAACAGAACAGCACAGCGCCAUCCCGCAGGGAAUGCUCGCGUCGGAAUGGGCGGUCGCCAUGUCCCUACCCUCGAGGGAGACGAUGGCAACCUCCAUCUACCGAUCCAAUGCCGACAUCGCAAAGGCAAUGGCAAGGAGGAUAAGUCAAACGCUCAAGGUGCCCCAGCUCUUCCUUAGCCUCGACGUGCCACCGCCCCUCUUGCCCUCGUCCUCGGCGCCACAGAAUCCAGAAGACUCGCUCGCCCUCCUCGCUCUCGAAAAGGGCAUUCGCGACGUCUGCAGAUCCGUACUCGAGGCCAGUCAGGCACCAUCCGCAAACACUAAGGCUGCUUGA